AUGGAAGAACCGAAUGAGUUAGGCCCGGCAGUAUUUGCAAACACCUUUUGUAAACUUCUUCUACACACAUCCGGUGUCGGUUCAGCAAACUGCCGGGGUCACACUGCCUUCCAUAGGCCUUUCCGGUCCAGCGAAAAGCUUGUUGAGGUCUUCCAGUAUACGCGAAUCACUGACCAGUACCAGCGCGGUGGGGGUAGGGGAAGCGGAAGAAGAAUGUGUAAUAAGAACGACACGUAUUGCCUUUCGGGGCACCACACCAUCGAGCAAUGGGCUUGGAUUGCAGUUGAUUCAGUCCUCUUUGUGAUGAUACUGUGUGGCAACUUGUUCACAGUCUAUAUUCUGCGCAGUUCACGGCUGAUAUCCAAUCGGUUCGUUCUCAGCCUUGCUUGUACAGAUAUGCUGGUUGGCCUCACAUUACCGUAUCACAUGGCCUUCACAAUAUUUCCACAGCUCUCAGUCACAAAGGCUACGUGUAUUUUAAAAGUUGUACGAAGAGUACUCUUUGUGGCAGGAGUCUUUGCAUUGGGAAUGAGUACCAUUCCUAUUUACUGGAACACCUGGGAGGAAGCAACAGUAUGUGAGCUUGGACAGGUGCUACCGAGAUAUUACAUGAUUGCCAUCCUUUUUCCUGCAUUCUUAGUCAUCUGGGCAAUCAUGAUCGCAAUCUAUGCAAGGAUAUGGCAUGAAGCUGUCAUGCAAGCGGAAAAACUACGUAAAACAAAUGUGAGCCAACAAUGCAGACCAUCUUUUCAGGUGGUGUUCCUGGUAAUGGGCUGCUUUACAAUCUGCUGGAUGCCGUUUCUCAUCGUCACUUGUGCCCAAGCGGUAGGUUACAGGGACAGAAUCUCAUCUACAGUCUACAAAGUGCUCCUUUGCCUCGCUCUGAGCAGCUCUGCUUUUAAUCCUAUCAUCUACGCAUGGAAGAAUGCAGAAUUCAAGGAAGCGGUGCAAGCGGUCCUAAGGUGCAAAGUGAAACAGAACACUACGAAUGUUGUGACAGCUUCAGGGGCUAAGGGAUCAGCGCACCCUCAAACCAGUGUGUAGUCGAGUAAUACUGUAUUUAUUCAUUAUUAAGUCAGUAUUAAAAGAUAAAAAUCUCCCUCAAUUUUUUGAAAAGAUAAUAAAAGUUUGACAUGAACAUAAAAAAAUUAUGUUUUUUGAAAAACUGUGACAGUAGAUGAAAAUCUAGUUAUUGAUAACAGAAGUUGGACAAAUUGAACUGAUGUUUUAUAUUUAACUGAUAAAGUAAUACUGUAAAACCUUGUUUAUCUGGCUCUUGUUGAUACAGAUCAGCAUCAGAUUUUUUAAAAAUUUAAUGUUCACAUUAAAUAAUCAUUAUAUAAAUAGGCAAAGACAAAACAGUUCAGUACCUUUUUCACAAAGUAAUUUUGUUACAAAACAUAGUUCUUUAUAAUAAUAAAUAAUAACUCUGCUUAUUAAGGAUUUUAUUUUGCUCACUACUAUUCGGAUUUUCAAUUGUCCAAAAUUGCCUUUAUUUCACUCAGUAUGAUAAACGAGGCUGUACUUUAUUACAAAUAAUUCCUUAAAAUAGUUGGCAUUACUAGAAUUAUUUUAGUUGAACAAAUUUAUAUUUAUAAUUGAAGGAGAAAAUAAAAAAGGAAGUUAUCUCCACAUAUCCUAGUGAAAUCAUAUCUUGUUUUCAACUCAGAACAGACAUUAAAUCAAAACAAUAGAAAAAAAAAAAAAAAAUCAAAAUAAAUUAAUAACAUUGAUUUGAUGGCGAUGAUUAAGCACAAUUUUCUUCAGGACAAAUAUUAUACCACAACAGUUUAUUGUGUAAAAUUAAUAUUUCAUUAUGCUUCAACCCCCUACCAAUACUUCAUAAAUGUAUAUGUAGAAAUUUUUUAAUCAAAACACUUUAAUGGUAAAAAGUAUAAUACCUAAAUUAUAAAUUUCUCUUCUAUUUCUCAUUAGCAUUACUAAAUGAAUAUUUACAUAACUCUCUACUCUAAAGAUUAUUAUCUCAUCAAUUAAAAAGCUCGAGUAAAAUAAUUAAUUGAAAAACAGUUUUAGAGAUGCCAUUGUAUCAAAUUACUUUAACUAGCCUUAAAGUUAUUAACUCUUGAUGAUACUACAUGACAAAAUUACAAAAACUAAAUAUAAGGUGAAUUUAGUAAUUGAUUACAAUAUAUUCAAUAAGCAAUACACAAAUAUCAAUAAAUAUUACCCCAAUAUAUAGAUGCUUUUUACUGUUUCAUUCUUAUAGUAAAAUAAAAAUCCAAAUUAAAUAAAAUUACAGUAAAACCUCAAUAAAAUAGAACAAAAAAGCUGAAGCAUAAGCCAUUUGUAAAUGAAAAAAAAAAAUGGUAAAUAGAAGAUGUAUUUGUUCUUUGGUUCUCCCCUUCCUUGCCUUUUAGAUUAUAUGGGAUAGAGAUGUAUUUUAUAAGCAAAUAUAUUUGUUAUGGAACUUUACAAAUAAAUUAGUUGUGGGAGAAAUCUCCGUUACCACAUAAAUUCUUUUCCAAAUAUUUUUUAAUAGAUUUGGCUCUUUUUAUUGCUUAAAAUAUCAAAAGUUUAAAACACAAAUUUUUUUCAUGAACAUAAGACAUUUUAUUUGAUAAUAAAUUUUUUUUAAUAAUAUAAACUCAAAGCUUUAGAAAAACACCUAUAAAAAGAUUUUAUAUGUAUAAAAGUUCAAUUCAUAGAGAAUCGUAGUUAUUUUUUCCUCUUUCCUUCCAUUUUUAACAGUCCACUUCAAUAGAAACGUGGUUAAUUGAAAUCAAAUAAAUAAGAUUUUACUGUAAUCGAAUUAACUUUAUAAUUUGCAUAUCAUUUUAUAAACAAAAUAAUUCUAAUAUCAAUAUAAUACUUUAGAAAAUAUGUCAAAGAGAUAAUAACUUCAUAGUAAUAUUUAAAUUACAUUUUUAAAGACAAUUUAGGAAGCUAAGACAUCAGUUAAAAUUCUCUCAAUGCAAUUUCAAAUAGUUAAUAUCUUAGUGGUGUCAUAAGAGAAAAAAAUAAUCUUUAUCAUAAAUUAUAUUCAUGUAAUGUUAAAAUUAAUAUAAAUGUAUUAAUUUACAUAUGAAAUCUUAUAAUAUUAUACACAGGAUCUUGUAAAAUAUAUAAAUAAUAUGGAACUGAAAUGGUUGUGAUAUAAUUUCUGGUUAUCUGUGAUUUUAUUUUUUCCUUAAUAAAUGUAUAAUAAUUUGUAAAAAUUAGUACAAUUUUUUUUAAUGAUUGUUAUAUAUAGUUGAGUAUAUAUUUUUAGUAAUAACUGUGAUUCCCAUUACAUUGUAUUUUGUAUUAUUUAGCUAGUUAGUAAAAUUUCUUUAAUUUGUUUUUUUUUUUUAAUCAUGAACGUUAUUUAUGUUAACUUAUUUUAUAUUCUUUAAAAUAAAUGUUUUGUUAGAUUAUCGAUGAAAGAAAAAAAAAAACUGGUAUGUACUAUUUCAAAUGAAUACACUAUUAUUAUUGUAAAAACAUAGAAUACAAUUUUGUUUUAUAAAUUAUGUGGAUAAUAGGAAAACAGAAUAAAUUUCACCACCUAUGAUUAUAGAUCAAAUAAAUAAAUCAAACUUAUAAGAAAUAUUACGAAUAUACCAUUUAUUAAAAUGUUAAUAAUAUGAGCAGUUGUAAGAUAAAAUUUACAGAAUUAUUAAUGAUAAGCAUCUAUAAUGUAAGAAUGAAAUUGUAUAUAGAAAAAAGAAAAAAAAUUCCCUUCAUACCCUCUCCUAUUUCCAUUCAAUAUAACAAAAGUAUCUUAAUUAUUAGGUUAAGAAAAUUUAGGUAAACCAAUUCAAAUUUAGGAGCAAUAGAUGACAAUUUCAAAAGGUUCUACCUACUUAGAGGGCACUCCUUGAAGAAGUACUUCUCCCAUCCAGUAACGUUAAGAAGCGAAGUCGAUUCUGAAGGAAGAAAGCUACAUAUCUUGAAGAGGUUUAUUACUAACAUUAACGUGUAUGAAUAACCAAUGUACUAUGUUAAUGUUGUCAAAAUGCAAAGAGUCAACAAUGAUUUCAUAUAAUAAAGGAAUCAAGUUCAAAUUUAGUAUCAUUAUUUUUAACUGUUA